CACUCACGACACAGAAACAGAAAAAGAGCAACAGUAGAAGCAUGUGUGGGAAAAAAAUAUCUCCCUGGCACGCGGUCCCAACACAGAAAGCGAGAGAAGAAGCCACCCCCAGUUGCAAGUAACCAACGUAACUGCCAGGAAAGAAACUCGUCUCAAUUAAUCAAAGUCGGCACUCUCACCCUCACUGUGCAAUGGCCCUCCCCUGCCACCGCCAUAGCUCCACCUUCCACCGCCCUCACACGCUUUUAAUAUCGCACACGCUUUUCUCACCCCCCAAAGCCCCAUCCCUCACGCUUCUCGCACUUCACAAUGAACCCUAGCCGCGAUCACUCUCCCAAACCGUUGGAGCUCAACCCCGUCCCGCCGUUUCUCUCCAAGACCUUCGACCUCGUCGAUGACCCGACUCUCGACCCGAUUAUCUCCUGGGGCUCCGCCGGUUUCACCUUCGUCGUCUGGGACCCGCUGGAGUUCGCUAGAAUCGUCUUGCCGCGCCAUUUCAAGCACAACAACUUCUCCAGCUUCGUUCGCCAGCUCAAUACUUAUGGAUUCCGCAAGAUUGACGCGGACAAAUGGGAGUUUUUCAAUGAAGCUUUCCAACGAGGGAACAAGCACUUGCUGAAGAACAUCCAAAGGCGCAGGUCAUCUCAAUCUCAGCAAGUUGGUAACUAUAUUGGAAUUGGAUCUUCUACUGAUGCAGGGAAGUCUGGAGUUGAGGUUGAGAUAGAAAGGCUGAGGAAAGAAAGGAGUAUGUUAAUGGACGAGCUGGUUGAUUUGCAACAAGAACAACGAAGAACGGCUCACCAUGCACUAGAAGUGAAUCAAAGACUUCAAACUGCAGAACAAAGGCAGAAACAAAUGCUUUCUUUUUUGGCCAAGUUGUUCCAAAACCCUGCCUUUUUAGCUCGGCUUAGGCAUAAAAAGGAGCUAAAAGAAAUAGAUUCUCCAAGAAUGGUACGGAAGUUUGUCAAGCAGCACCAACAUGAAACAGGAACAGCAGAAACUCUCAAAGAAGGGCAAAUAGUGAGGUACCAACCUGAUUGGAGAAUUAUAGGCAUGUCUUCUGAAACUCCAGAACUAAGUCCAGUUUCCAUUGAACAGUCUCCUCACUACCUUUCACAGGGUUUGGCAGGAGAAAUGAAUGUAGGUGAAGAUCUGGCUGCUCAAAUUGAGAAUAUUGCACCAGUUGAUUUGGCUGCUGUGCAUGGGAUCCCGCCAUCUCAAGAAAUGAUUGGAGAAGGAUCAUCUAGUUUUGGACCUGAAUAUCCCCUUUUCAAAGGGAAAAGUGUUAUGAACCCAAAUCUAGAAGUUCCUCCCGAUUUUGCUUCCCUCCCAGAGGUUUUGACCAAGGAGAAAGGCUUUCUAGAUUUUUCUGCUCUUGGAAUUGAAGGCAUUGUCAAGCUUGAAGAUAUUUGGGACUGUGACCUCAAUGUUAGUGGUGCUGCUUCAAGCUGUGGGAAUGAGCUGUGGGACAAUCCUAUCAACUAUGAAGUUCUUCCAGAAUUUGGAGUCACAAGUGGUAUGUCUGAGUCAGAUAUCUGGGAUAUUGGCUCUGGAAGUAUGGGAAUUGAUAAGUGGCCAGCUGAUGAACCUUCUCUUGGUGAAAAAUAUGGCCAAGCUGGUGAGCCUAACGAAGAUAGGCCUAAGAAUAAUGAUCCAUAGGGCUUCAUCUACUCCUGCAUUUGUUGCCCUUGGGUACUAGCUAUGUUUAUGGUUCCUAGGGGUCAUAUUAUUGAAUAAUUCGAUUUAUAAACAGUAUUCAUUAACCUGCUUUUAUUCCUUAUUAUUCACUUCCUUUUUUUUUUAUUCUGUUAGAUUAAUCCUUUAAUUGUCCAUAUUUUUCCUUGUAAAUUCUUAUUGUGUAAUUAUUGGCAACUUCCAUUCAAGUAAACCAUACUUUUCCUUUCACCUGAUGAAUGAUUCAAGUAAACAUUCACAGGUGACAGGUCUAUACCA